GGGCUGCUAUUUGACCUCCGGGGCUGCGGGAGGAGGACACAGACUCUUCAGGGGCUUUCCCCCAAACUUACCCCAGAAGGAAACUGUGUAUCUGACCUCACUCCCUAGAAGCAGCCAGGGAGCCAGAAAUAUCUUCAAUGCAUCUCCCCUUGAGUCUUAAAAACCCCGGGAGUUUACCGCGUUCUAUUCCAUAACAUCCUCGUGUUUCCUUCCAGAGAAAACACACCGAUUUUUUCCAAAACUGCGGUCAGGUGCGGUGCCAGGUGCCACGUUUAUCCCAGGCCUACCGCCACGGGGCCAGUGAGGCCGCCUGGAAUUCCCGGCGAAGUGGGGGUGCGGGGGGUUCCGCUGAGACGGAGGGGGCCGGGGUGGUGCGGGCGCCCCCUCGCCGUCCUGCCCGCGGGCGUCACCUAAGCCGCCGUUGCCAUGGACCCGCGGCAGAUGGCCCGGUUUAGGGUUCCGGGGCGGGCGGCGCGCACGGGAUUAGGUGAAUUAGGGAGCCGGAGCAGUGCCGCCAUCGCCGCGCCAUGGAGCCCCCCGCCGACCCCGCCGACUCUGCCGACCCCGCGCGCGUCCCGCAGCUCGGCAAGUGGGCGCUGGUGCGCAGCCUGAACCAGGCGUUCAAGACCUACGCUGUCCUGCCGGGGGACUACGUGUGGAUGGACCUGAGAUCGGGGCAGGAGUUUGAUGUGCCCAUCGGGGCAGUGGUGAAGCUCUGCGACUCUGGGCAGAUCCAGGUGGUGGACGAUGAAGGCAAUGAACACUGGAUCUCCCCGCAGAACGCAACGCACAUCAAGCCUAUGCACCCCACGUCGGUCCACGGCGUGGAGGAUAUGAUCCGCCUAGGGGACCUCAACGAGGCGGGCAUCUUGCGCAACCUGCUUAUCCGCUACCGGGACCACCUCAUCUACACCAACUGCGGAGGGCGGACGUAUACGGGCUCCAUCCUGGUGGCCGUGAACCCCUACCAGCUGCUCUCCAUCUACUCACCAGAGCACAUCCGCCAGUAUACCAACAAGAAGAUUGGGGAGAUGCCCCCCCACAUCUUUGCCAUUGCUGACAACUGCUACUUCAACAUGAAACGCAAUAGCCGUGACCAGUGCUGCAUCAUCAGUGGGGAAUCUGGGGCUGGGAAGACGGAGAGCACAAAGCUGAUCCUGCAGUUCCUGGCAGCCAUCAGUGGGCAACACUCAUGGAUUGAGCAGCAGGUCUUGGAGGCCACCCCCAUUCUGGAAGCAUUCGGGAAUGCCAAGACCAUCCGCAACGAUAACUCAAGCCGUUUCGGAAAGUACAUCGACAUCCACUUCAACAAGCGGGGCGCCAUCGAAGGCGCCAAGAUUGAGCAGUACCUGCUGGAGAAGUCGCGCGUCUGUCGCCAGGCCCCAGAUGAAAGGAACUACCACGUGUUCUACUGCAUGCUGGAGGGCAUGAGUGAAGAUCAGAAGAAGAAGCUGGGCUUGGGCCAGGCCUCUGACUACAACUACUUGGCCAUGGGUAACUGCAUAACCUGUGAGGGCCGGGUGGACAGCCAGGAGUACGCCAACAUCCGUUCCGCCAUGAAGGUGCUCAUGUUCACUGACACCGAGAACUGGGAGAUCUCGAAGCUCCUGGCCGCCAUCCUGCACCUGGGCAACCUGCAGUAUGAGGCCCGCACAUUUGAAAAUCUGGAUGCCUGUGAGGUCCUCUUCUCGCCGUCGCUGGCCACAGCUGCAUCCCUGCUUGAGGUGAAUCCCCCAGACCUGAUGAGCUGCCUGACCAGCCGCACCCUCAUCACCCGUGGGGAGACGGUGUCCACCCCACUGAGCAGGGAACAGGCACUGGACGUACGCGAUGCCUUCGUCAAGGGGAUCUACGGGCGGCUGUUCGUGUGGAUUGUGGACAAGAUCAACGCUGCAAUUUACAAGCCUCCCUCCCAGGAUGUGAAGAACUCUCGCAGGUCCAUCGGCCUCCUGGACAUCUUUGGGUUCGAGAACUUUGCUGUGAACAGCUUCGAGCAGCUCUGCAUCAACUUUGCCAAUGAGCACCUGCAGCAGUUCUUUGUGAGACACGUGUUCAAGCUGGAGCAGGAGGAGUAUGACCUGGAGAGCAUCGACUGGCUGCACAUCGAGUUCACCGACAACCAGGAUGCCCUGGACAUGAUCGCCAACAAGCCCAUGAAUAUCAUCUCCCUCAUCGAUGAGGAGAGCAAGUUCCCCAAGGGCACGGACACCACCAUGUUACACAAGCUGAACUCCCAGCACAAGCUCAACGCGAACUACAUUCCCCCGAAGAACAACCACGAGACCCAGUUUGGCAUCAACCAUUUUGCAGGUGUCGUCUACUAUGAGACCCAAGGCUUCCUGGAGAAGAACCGAGACACCCUGCAUGGGGACAUUAUCCAACUGGUCCACUCCUCCAGGAACAAGUUCAUCAAGCAGAUAUUCCAGGCCGAUGUCGCCAUGGGCGCCGAGACCAGGAAGCGCUCGCCCACACUCAGCAGCCAGUUCAAGCGGUCGCUGGAGCUGCUGAUGCGCACGCUGGGUGCCUGCCAGCCCUUCUUUGUGCGAUGCAUCAAGCCCAAUGAGUUCAAGAAGCCCAUGCUGUUUGACCGGCACUUGUGUGUGCGCCAGCUGCGGUACUCAGGGAUGAUGGAGACCAUCCGAAUCCGCCGAGCUGGCUACCCCAUCCGCUACAGCUUCGUGGAGUUUGUGGAGCGGUACCGCGUGCUGCUGCCGGGUGUGAAGCCAGCCUACAAGCAGGGUGACCUUCGCGGGACGUGCCAGCGCAUGGCUGAGACUGUGCUGGGCACGCACGAUGACUGGCAGAUAGGCAAAACCAAGAUCUUUCUGAAGGACCACCAUGACAUGCUGCUGGAAGUGGAGCGGGACAAAGCCAUCACUGACAGAGUCAUCCUCCUCCAGAAGGUCAUCCGGGGGUUCAAAGACAGGUCUAACUUCCUGAAGCUGAAGAACGCUGCCACGCUGAUCCAGAGGCACUGGCGGGGUCACAACUGCAGGAAGAACUACGGGCUGAUGCGUCUCGGCUUCCUGCGGCUGCAGGCUCUACACCGCUCCCGGAAGCUGCACCAGCAGUACCGCCUGGCCCGCCAGCGCAUCAUCCAGUUCCAGGCCCGCUGCCGCGCUUAUCUGGUGCGCAAGGCCUUCCGCCACCGCCUCUGGGCUGUGCUUACCGUGCAGGCCUAUGCCCGGGGCAUGAUCGCCCGCAGGCUGCACCAACGCCUCAGGGCUGAGUACCUGUGGCGCCUCGAGGCUGAGAAAAUGCGGCUGGCAGAGGAAGAGAAGCUCCGGAAGGAGAUGAGUGCCAAGAAGGCCAAGGAGGAGGCGGAGCGCAAGCAUCAGGAGCGCCUGGCCCAGCUGGCUCGUGAGGACGCCGAGCGGGAGCUGAAGGAGAAGGAGGCUGCUCGGCGGAAGAAGGAGCUCCUAGAGCAGAUGGAAAGGGCCCGCCACGAGCCCGUCAAUCACUCAGACAUGGUGGACAAGAUGUUUGGCUUCCUGGGGACUUCAGGUGGCCUGCCAGGCCAGGAGGGCCAGGCACCUAGUGGCUUUGAGGACCUGGAGCGAGGGCGGAGGGAGAUGGUGGAGGAGGACCUGGAUGCAGCCCUGCCCCUGCCUGACGAGGAUGAGGAGGACCUCUCUGAGUAUAAAUUUGCCAAGUUUGCUGCCACCUACUUCCAGGGGACAACCACGCACUCCUACACCCGGCGGCCACUCAAACAGCCACUGCUCUACCAUGACGACGAGGGUGACCAGCUGGCAGCCCUGGCGGUCUGGAUCACCAUCCUCCGCUUCAUGGGGGACCUCCCGGAGCCCAAGUACCACACAGCCAUGAGUGACGGCAGCGAGAAGAUCCCUGUGAUGACCAAGAUUUACGAGACCCUGGGCAAGAAGACAUACAAGAGGGAGCUGCAGGCCCUGCAGGGCGAGGGUGAGGCCCAGCUCCCUGAGGGCCAGAAGAGGAGCAGUGUGAGACACAAGCUGGUGCAUUUGACUCUGAAAAAGAAGUCCAAGCUCACAGAGGAGGUCACCAAGAGGCUGCAUGACGGGGAGUCCACGGUCCAGGGCAACAGCAUGCUGGAGGACCGGCCCACCUCCAACCUGGAGAAGCUGCACUUCAUCAUCGGCAAUGGCAUCCUGCGGCCAGCUCUCCGGGAUGAGAUCUACUGCCAGAUCAGCAAGCAGCUGACCCACAACCCCUCCAAGAGUAGCUAUGCCCGGGGCUGGAUUCUCGUGUCUCUCUGCGUGGGCUGUUUCGCCCCCUCUGAGAAGUUUGUCAAGUACCUGCGGAACUUCAUCCACGGGGGCCCGCCCGGCUACGCCCCAUACUGUGAGGAGCGUCUGAGGAGGACCUUUGUCAAUGGGACACGGACACAGCCGCCCAGCUGGCUGGAGCUGCAGGCCACCAAGUCCAAGAAGCCAAUCAUGCUGCCCGUGACAUUCAUGGAUGGGACCACCAAGACCCUGCUGACAGACUCAGCAACCACGGCCAAGGAGCUCUGCAACGCGCUGGCCGACAAAAUCUCUCUCAAGGACCGCUUUGGGUUUUCCCUCUACAUUGCCCUGUUUGACAAGGUGUCCUCCCUGGGCAGCGGCAGCGACCAUGUCAUGGACGCCAUCUCCCAGUGCGAGCAGUAUGCCAAGGAGCAGGGUGCCCAGGAGCGCAACGCCCCCUGGAGGCUCUUCUUCCGCAAAGAGGUCUUCACACCCUGGCACAGCCCUUCUGAGGACAACGUGGCCACCAACCUUAUCUACCAGCAGGUGGUGCGAGGAGUCAAGUUUGGGGAGUACAGGUGUGAGAAGGAGGACGACCUGGCGGAGCUGGCCUCCCAGCAGUACUUUGUGGACUAUGGCUCUGAGAUGAUCCUGGAGCGCCUCCUGAACCUCGUACCCACCUACAUCCCCGACCGCGAGAUCACGCCCCUGAAGACGCUGGAGAAGUGGGCCCAGUUGGCCAUUGCCGCCCACAAGAAGGGGAUUUAUGCCCAGAGGAGAACCGAUGCCCAGAAGGUCAAAGAGGAUGUGGUCAAUUAUGCCCGCUUUAAGUGGCCCUUACUCUUCUCCAGGUUUUAUGAAGCCUACAAAUUCUCAGGCCCCAGCCUCCCCAAGAACGACGUGAUCGUGGCUGUCAACUGGACGGGCGUGUACUUUGUGGAUGAGCAGGAGCAGGUACUUCUGGAGCUGUCCUUCCCAGAGAUCAUGGCCGUGUCCAGCAGCAGGGGAGCGAAAACGACAGCCCCCAGCUUCACACUGGCCACCAUCAAGGGGGACGAAUACACCUUCACCUCCAGCAAUGCUGAGGACAUUCGUGACCUGGUGGUCACCUUCCUAGAGGGGCUCCGGAAGAGAUCUAAGUAUGUUGUGGCCCUGCAGGAUAACCCCAACCCCGCGGGCGAGGAGUCAGGCUUCCUCAGCUUUGCCAAGGGAGACCUCAUCAUCUUGGACCACGACACGGGUGAGCAGGUCAUGAACUCGGGCUGGGCCAACGGCAUCAAUGAGAGGACCAAGCAGCGUGGGGACUUCCCCACCGACUGUGUGUACGUCAUGCCCACUGUCACCAUGCCACCGCGGGAGAUUGUGGCCCUGGUCACCAUGACUCCCGACCAGCGGCAGGACGUCGUCCGGCUCUUGCAGCUGCGAACGGCAGAGCCUGAGGUGCGUGCCAAGCCCUACACGCUGGAGGAGUUCUCCUACGACUACUUCAGGCCCCCACCCAAGCACACACUGAGCCGCGUCAUGGUGUCCAAGGCCCGAGGCAAGGACCGGCUAUGGAGCCACACGCGGGAGCCGCUCAAGCAGGCGCUGCUCAAGAAGCUCCUGGGCAGUGAGGAGCUCUCGCAGGAGGCCUGCCUGGCCUUCAUUGCUGUGCUCAAGUACAUGGGCGACUACCCGUCCAAGAGGACACGCUCUGUCAACGAGCUCACCGACCAGAUCUUUGAGGGUCCCCUGAAAGCCGAGCCCCUGAAGGAUGAGGCGUACGUGCAGAUCCUGAAGCAGCUGACCGACAACCACAUCAGGUACAGCGAGGAGCGAGGUUGGGAGCUGCUCUGGCUGUGCACGGGCCUCUUCCCACCCAGCAACAUCCUCCUGCCCCACGUGCAGCGCUUCCUGCAGUCCCGAAAGCACUGCCCACUAGCCAUCGACUGCCUGCAGCGGCUCCAGAAAGCUCUGAGAAAUGGGUCCCGGAAGUACCCUCCACACCUGGUGGAGGUGGAGGCCAUCCAGCACAAGACCACCCAGAUUUUCCACAAGGUCUACUUCCCUGACGACACUGACGAGGCCUUCGAAGUGGAGUCCAGCACCAAGGCCAAGGACUUCUGCCAGAACAUCGCCACCAGGCUGCUCCUCAAGUCCUCAGAGGGAUUCAGCCUCUUUGUCAAAAUUGCAGACAAGGUCAUCAGCGUGCCUGAGAAUGACUUCUUCUUUGACUUUGUUCGACACUUGACAGACUGGAUAAAGAAAGCUCGGCCCAUCAAGGACGGAAUUGUGCCCUCACUCACCUACCAGGUGUUCUUCAUGAAGAAGCUGUGGACCACCACGGUACCAGGGAAGGACCCCAUGGCCGAUUCCAUCUUCCACUAUUACCAGGAGUUGCCCAAGUAUCUCCGAGGCUACCACAAGUGCACGCGGGAGGAGGUGCUGCAGCUGGGGGCGCUGAUCUACAGGGUCAAGUUCGAGGAGGACAAGUCCUACUUCCCCAGCAUCCCCAAGCUGCUGCGGGAGCUGGUGCCCCAGGACCUUAUCCGACAGGUCUCGCCUGAUGACUGGAAGCGGUCCAUCGUCGCCUACUUCAACAAGCACGCAGGGAAGUCCAAGGAGGAGGCCAAGCUGGCCUUCCUGAAGCUCAUCUUCAAGUGGCCCACAUUUGGCUCAGCCUUCUUCGAGGUGAAGGUACACCAUGGGCUUCUCAGAACAGAGGAGGAGGGGAACAGGGCAUUGAGAAGGCACAGAGACUCCUCCCCAGGACUGUGGGAAACAGCCAUGGCCUUGGACACCUGCCCUGGUGAGGGAAGGAGGGCAGUACCCUCAGCCUUGUCCCAGCUCAGCGUCUUAGCUGGGCUAAGUCCUGGGGACAGAGGGACCAAAAGCUCAGCCUGGCAGUGGAGGCAGGCGUGUAAACAGGCCGGGGUAAUGGAGGACGGCCUAUGCUCUGACAGUGGGGAGCCCUCGCCCAGGUGGCAGAGCUCGGGAGGUUCUGCUGGGUCUGAGGAGGCCUCCUAGAGGGGGUGAUAUCUGAGCUUUCCAGGGAGAUCCUGGAAAGAGUGCUCCUGGCAGGGUUCCCGCAUAGACAAAGGCCUGGAGGCGUGAGAACUCAGGUCUGGGAAGGAAAUGCAAGUAGUGAGGGCAGGAGGCAAGAGCAGGCUGUGGAGAGCAGCAGCUUGCCGAGCAGGUGAGAGGCUGGGUUUCCUGCAGGGGUGGCCUGCCUUGGAGGGUUUUCAACCCAGGUGACAUGGCCAGAAAGCCUUUCAGGCUGUGGGUGGAGGAGGGGUCUGAGGGGCACAACAGAGGCAGGAGUAUGGUGAGGAGGCUUGUGUGAGAGGACAGAUGUGGUCUUGUCACACAGCCAGGAUCGGAGGCCUUUUGAGAAGCUCGGCUGUGCGAGAACAGGUAAGUAGCUGGACGCAGAGGCAGGGUUCAGGAAGCUUUGUAAAGAUGAGAUGCCCUUGGGCUGAGAGGGAGGACAAAGCAAAGGAUGGCCUGGGGGACCCAUGAAGGGAUGUGGGGCAGCACUGAGGCCCAGCGAAGGUGGAGGCCAUGAGGUCAUGGCAGGGCCGUCAGCACCACAUAGGCAACAGGAGAGGCUGACUUUAUCCCAGCUGGGGCCAGGCUUCAUUCCUUUCCCCAAACGCUUUUCUUGCUCUGGGCCCCCAUCUGAUGCCUUCUCAUCUUUU